ACAAGACCAUAGAGAAUGAUAGAGGCCUCUAAGUGGCCCAAAAUAUUUAUUAGGAUGGGAAGUGCCAUUGAGGACUUUCACCAUUGUAAUGAAGUCAACUGGGUGGGACUUACAACUUCAUUGAAUGAUUCCGCCUGGGGACUCUGUUAGCGUCAUGUCCAACCGGGUCAUCAGGACGGAUCAGCCAAUCAUGAAAAAAAUGUACUACUUCAAAAUUGAGAUUGAAAGCAUCGGCAGGGCAGGCAGACGCUAUAAUGGCACAGAUACAAAGAUGAGUCCUCUAUCUAGCUUUAUGGACGAGACAAUAGUUGCAAGUUCAAAGAGUAAUUUGCAUGGUUUGAGUCGAGUUUUCUGUGAAAAUGGUAUCAGCGGCGUUUAAAGAAGCCCAAUCGCGCUUUACUCCCGUGACGGUUUAUUCUCUGCUGGCCUGCGCCGCUCAAUUCGCCGUGGGAUACAUCCUCGCGCAGAUAUGGGGAAGAAAAUGCUCUGGCACUGAUAGAUGGGUGCUCGUGUGGCUUUUCUACGACGCAAUUGUUCACAUUACCUUGGAAGGACCCUUUGUUUACAUGUCACUUGUUGGAACCGUGGCAACUUCAGACAAUAUUUUUGCUGAACUUUGGAAGGAGUAUGGAAAGGCAGAUGAGCGCUGGCUCCACUCUGACCCCACCAUCGUCUCCUUGGAGCUGCUGACGGUGGUCCUGGACGGCCUCCUGGCGCUGGUGCUUGUCUAUGCCAUUGUCAAGGACAAACACUACAGGCACUUUGUCCAGAUCACGUUGUGUGUGUGUGAGUUGUACGGAGGCUGGAUGACCUUCUGUCCAGACUGGCUGGCAGGCAGCCCCAACCUCAACACAGACCACUGGCUCUACUUAUGGAUCUACCUGGUCUUCUUCAAUGGGGUGUGGGUGGUGGUGCCUGGACUGCUGCUGUGGCAAUCAUGGCUGUCACUCAAACGACUUCACCUCUCCUACCAAGCCCCGAAGAAGCAGAAAUAGACAUUAUUUUGUAUGUACAUAAUAGGCAUUAGCACACCCACUACACAGAAAAGCCUGGCUACACACAAAUAAUAAUGCCAUUUAACAGACAGACAUUUACAUUAGGUUUAGCAUGUUUUAUUAGUUUAUCAUUAAUAUAAAUAAAGUUAUGGAUCUGCAAACAAAAAUUAGUUUCCCUAGCUAUCUUUCCCCACAUCUCCACAGUGUAACAAUACUCUCCAGUCUCCCUUAGCAGGCACAUUUAACUGCUGUGAUGUUAAGCGUUAAAUCUCAACCAUGUUGAUCGCACAAU